CUUCCUCCUCUCUUUCUCCUCACUUUUUUUCAUCUUCCAUGGCUUCCUCUCUCUAAUCGCAGCACAUGUAAAUUCUCGCUUCUUUUGAGAAGAGACGAAUCGAUCGAGAGAUGCUUCCUUUUCAGAGUCACUACGGAUUGCAGACUAGUAAUUGGUCGAAUUAUUGCAACGGAGAUCGUGUUAAACGAUCAGUUUUCGCCGGCGAAUGCUCGAUCGUUAACAAUGCGGCGGAUUCAUCCAAGGAGGAGAGGAAAUCGACUGAAGCGAGCCGAAGCCAUAAGGAGGCCGAGAGGAGACGGCGACAACGAAUCAAUUCGCACCUAUCCACGCUCCGGACGCUCCUCCCUAACACCACCAAGACUGACAAGGCGUCGCUACUAGCGGAAGUGGUGAGUCACGUGAAGGAACUGCGGCGGCGAGCGGCGGAGGUGGCGCGUCGGAGUACUGCGGAUCAAUGCGGCGGCGGUGGAAUUCGAUCGGAGACCGAGCCGGCGCCGUGGCCUUUCCCUAGCGAGGAAGACGAAGCGACGCUCUGUUACUGCGAUAACGAAAACAGGGUAAUGAGAGCGACAGUUUGUUGCGAUGAGCGAUCCGGUCUAAACCGGGAUUUGAUGCAAGCGAUCCGGUCGGUUCAGGCGAGGGCUGUGCGGGCCGAGACGAUGACGGUGGGCGGGCGGACGAAGAAUGUGGUGGUUUUGGAGUGGUGCGGCGGGGACGGCGGCGGCGGCGGGAGUAGAGAGGAGGAGUUUGUGGGCCUGAGGCGGGCCUUGAAGGCCGUAGUGGAGAAUCAGGCCCAAAAUCUUUCGAGUAAUAAGCGGGCCCGGAGUUGGGCUUCUUGUCCAGAGGAGGAUCGGUUUUUCAUGUGCUGACGUGGGCUGCCAAGGUGUAAACGUAUUAGGGUUUGUUAUGUUGUUGGAGCUGGGAAUCUAUUUUUCUGCUUGGUGGAAAAUGGAAACUGAAACAAAAGUGCUCAGCCUCUAACGCGAGAAAACGACCGACAUGUCGUUUAACGCACAAAAUAAGUUAUAAACGGCCAGCCAAACCCACAAACUCACUCGGGAUGGAUCUUGAUGAUGGUAUAUCUUAUUUAAUUGUAUUUUCCUUCCUUUCUACAAUCUUUUUAUUUUACAUGCAUGCUA